GAGCAACUUCCAUUGAAAUGAACGGCGGCCAUUUUCCUGUCCGGUCAUGGUUCUGAAAUUAUUAAUGGGAAAGAAGCCCCGCCACACUCACUGCCUUUCAUGGCCCUGCUGGACAACGGCACGCCGUUCUGUGGAGGGAUAUUAAUCGAUCCACAGUGGGUCCUGACUGCUGCCCACUGUACUGGCAUGAAAACUGUGUUGCUGGGGGUGCACUCUAUAAAAGACAAGAACAAAGAAAAAGACUCCAGGCAGGUCCAGAAGGUGAAGAAAGCGAUUCCUCAUCCCUGCUAUGAUAAAACCGAACAUCUCAACGACCUCAUGCUGCUCAAGCUUCAAAAGAAAGUAAAGGAAACCAAGACAGUGAAAAGUCUUAAACUGGCAAAAACUGUCAGUGAUCCGGCAGCCGGCACCAAGUGCCUGGCAGCUGGAUGGGGAACUACCAAGAGCGGGGUCAAGAAAAUGUCGGAUGUCCUGAUGUUCGUCAACGUGACUGUGGUCGGCAGAGCAAAGUGUAACUCGCCGGGGUAUUACAACUUCAAACCCGUCAUCACCAGUAGCAUGGUAUGUGCCGGGUCAGACGGUAAAACCGCUGCAGAUACCUGUGGGGGGGAUUCAGGAGGACCGCUGCUGUGCAACGGGGUUCUGGUUGGAGUCACUUCAUUUGGAGAUAAGGAUUGUGGAUCGUUAAAGAAGCCUGGCGUAUACUCUUUUCUCUCAGAAAAACAACUUGAUUGGAUCAAGAAGACAAUGAAAAAGUAUUGAGUACAAUGAGGGCUCUCUUUGAAUGCUUGGCUGUUUGAACUAUUUUAACCACUCCUGCUUUUAUUUUAAAUUUAUGUUAUCCUGCAAGGAGUUUCUAUAUGUGUGACUAAUUAAAUAAAUAAAACCCAAGCCCUCCAGCUCUGCAGAGGGGACUCAGUGAUAUUGAUUUAGGUGCACUUGUCUCAGAAUGCAGUUGUUUUUUGUGAUUGUUAUAAAGUCAUGAAACAUGAAUCUCUUCUCUUUGGGACAAUGUUAAUACGCCGAGCCGUGCAGCAUCGUUCUUUGAUGAGUAUGAAAACCAUGUCAGGCAUCCAUGAUCAACAAAUUCCACCAAAUAUGUCCAGCAAAGUAGUUAACACCUAUUUAACAAUUUAA